UCAGUUACUCUUUAGACAGCAGUGAUGAUGCAGAUGAACAACUGGGACCACGAUUAUGAAAAUGUCUAUGAAAAUUAUGACUAUUCCUGUCAGAAAAAGUCUGAAGAACAGCACAAGGCUCCAGAACAACAUGCAACUCCAGACAAAAAAUGCCAUCUGUUCAAGUUGGUCCAUCUGCUCCUCCUAUGUUUGCUCAUGGCUGCCAUCAUUUUCCUGACUUCAUAUUAUUUUAUAGCCCUUAAUGACAAGGAACAAAAGUUUGAAGCGCUGAAGAGUGAGAAUUACAACUUGAGCAAUAACUUCAGUGACCUUUUGGAAAGGCAUUCCACCUUGCAGUCAAAAUUUCAAAAUCUAAAUGAAAAUCAUUCCACCUUGCAGUCAAAAUUUCAAAUUCUAGAUGAAAGUCAUGCCGCCCUGCAAUCAAAAUACAAAAUUCUACAUAAAGAACACAUUGAAAUGUCAAUAAAUUUAACAGAACUGAAUAAAGAAUGCCUUGUGAGGAAGUCAUCUCUGGAAAGCAGUUGCCAUGUAUGCAAAAAGGGCUGGAUGCAGCUAAAUUCAAAAUGCUACUACUUCUCCACCGAUAAAUGGACAUGGCAGUCGAGCCGCGAUCAUUGCAGAACAUUGGGUGGGCAGCUGGUGAUUAUAGAAAAUGCAAUGGAACAGGAAUUUUUAAAAAAUAAAAUUAACGUCAUAGGAGAAAAAAACUAUUGGAUUGGCCUGACUGAUCUGGCAAACCAAGGAAAAUAUGUCUGGUUGGAUAACAGACCUUUAGACCCAAAACAAAGCUUUUGGCACAGUAGCCAACCUAAUGGUAAAAAUGAACACUGUGUGCAGAUUGAAGCAGAAGAAAAGUGGCACGACUUCCCCUGUGCAACUCUAACAAAAAUGAUCUGUGAGAUUGAUGCAACGAUGGUUAACAUCUAAAGCAGAAGAUGGAAAUGCAGACACGUUAUUGAGCAUUAUGAGAAUCACUUCUGUAGUAACUCACUGUUGCUGAACCUGUCUUCAGGUGGUAGGAAUUGUCAUCUUGUCAUAGAAUCAGAAGAAAAACAACAUUGUUCUCAAAAAUGACAAGCAUUGGCCAUACUUUAACAUUCUUUGAAUGCUAAUUUUCACCUGAGAAGAAUAUAACAAUACCCUAAUUUGUUGGAAAAUCUUUUUGUGUUUAAAAUGUUUCCUUUUUUUAAUUCAGUAAAGCAUGUCAUGUACUAUGAUACAAAUCUACAUGUUUUUAAAAAAGUGAGUGAAGCAAGAGAGUCAGGAUCAUCAGGCGCUAUUGAUAAAUACAGUUGUGUGUCGUCAACAUAGCCGUGGUAGCUCAUGUUAUGCCUUGAGAUAAUCUGACCUCAUGGAAGCAUGGAGAUUGAAAAGAGCAGUGAACCCAGGAGAUAUCCUUGUGGAGCACCAUAUAGAAUAUCAUGUGUCUUCGAAGAAUAAUUACCACAGCUAGCAAAGAAUUUUCUACCUGUCAAGUAAGACUCAAACCAAUUUAAGACAUUGCCGGAGAGGCCCACCCAUUGACUAAGCUGAUUUCUAAGAAUAUUGUAAACAAUGGUAUCAAAUGCGGCACUCAGAUCUAAGAGGAUGAGAACAGAUACAAGGCCUCUGUCUGCAUUUACCCACAAGUCGUUUACUACUUUAAUGAGUGCAGUUUCUUAAUGUGGUUUGCUCUAAAACCUGACUGAAACUUUUCAAGAACAGAAUGUUCAUUCACGUGAUCAUUUAGCUGUGUAAUGACUGCCUUUUCUAGAAUUUUACUUAAAAAAGGCAGGUUAGAAAUAGGUCUAAAGUUUUCAAUAACGGAAGAGCUGAGAUUAUUUUUCUUGAGCAGGGUCUUAACAACAGCAGUCUUAAAACAAUCUGGGAAGACCCCCGUAUCUAGUGAUGAAUUUACUAUGUCAAGAAUACUAUCAAUUAGCAUAUUGGAUACUUAUUUGAGAAAGCUUGUUGGUAUUGGGUCAAGGAUGCAGGUGGAAGGAUUCAGUUGAGAAAUUAUUCUAUACAGACUGGGUAAAUCUAUCCUGGUGAAAGUAUUGAAUUUACUUAAAAUGGAUUACCAGGGUUUAAUAGGAUCAGUAUUGGGGGGAUGUACUGUAUAUUUUUAAUAUAAUUAAUUUUGUAAUGAAAAAAUAUAGCAAAAGCUUCACAAGUUUCACUGGAAGUUUGGGAGUUAUUCCAUUGAGUUACCUAGGUUUAGCAGAUGAUCAAUAGUAGAGAAUAAAACUCUUGGAUUACCAGCAUUAUUAUUUAUAGUUUUAGAGAAACAACACCGCCUCUCAAGAUGGAAUAUAUUUUUGUAUUCUGAUAUUUUAGCCUUCAGUAUUUCAUAGUGAACUAUCAAUUUAUUUUUUCUCCAUUUGUGCUCAGCUCUCCAGCAUAUUUUCUUUAAAUCAGACACUCUUUUGGUCUUCUAUGGCAUAAAUGCUGGAGCACUGCUCAGCAUAAAAUCAGCAUAAUGGACUUAAUGGCCUAAUCUUGUUUCUCCUUGUGUUCUUAUACAUUUUUAAAAUUUAGUAAACUCCUUCUAGUGUGUACUCUAAAUCAAUGUCCUUAAUUAUGAAUUAUUUUGCAUUGUGUAGUUCUGGUUUAUAGUCUUGGAUGUUUUGAAAGAGGUUUGUGAUACUGCACUCCAUGUUCUGUGAAAUAAAGGUUAACUGACUAAUAAA